GGAACCUUCAAUCCUGGCACGAUAGCUCUCGCAUCCUAGUGGCAAGAAUUGAGAUGCGCAGCUCAAGCCAACAGAAGCUUAAACCAGGGAAACAAAACCACUUGUGUGUAGUUGUACGCAAAUAGCACUUUGCUAAAGAGUUGGGUGCUGGUGUGCAAUUGGGUCCAAUCUAUGCGAAACCGAGUGCUGAGGAAGCAGGACAGUGGGGGAGGGGUAUGUUGAAACCGCCGUGUCCGGGAUCGAGCAGACACACAGCGUGGAAAGUUUGAUGUGGAGAGGGCAAGUUCUCACACAUGUCAUAGCUUGAAAAUGUUUGUGUUUGCGAAAGUAGAGCGGGAGCGAUCGGCGCCGCGCUUAAGUUGAGCCGUUUACGCUGGAGACUGGGCAAAAGCUGGGCUGGAUCAUAACCCUCACAGAGAAGGGGAGAGAAAUAGAGAGGUUCGCGAAAUCGCGAACCAAAUCCUGCACAUUUUAAGUCGAACGAGGAAAGGCAAAAAGGAGUCAGCUGACGAGAAAGUUAGAAGAGAACUGUUGUAAAAACUGAGAACGAUGGAAAUGCAAGUAUCAGAGUCUGGGACUGCAACUCUGCCUUCUUCAGGGAAAAGAUCCAAGCCAAAAGCCCCAGCGCCACCAGUAAUCUCCAAGCAUGUUGAGAGUUCUUCAAUAACUAAGAACCUAGAGCGUGAAAGUAAAACCAUGGAACAGGAAAACAACAAUAUGAAUACGCACUUCAAUUUGAGUGUAGUUCUGCCAGGAGGAAUGGAGCAAUCGACCAGUAUCAAUGGAAGCACACCCAUGAUGGAUUUGUUGAUUUUCCUUUGUGGCAAGUAUCAUUUGAGUCCUUCAAAUCAUACAAUAGAACUAAUGGGAAGGGAGAAGACUCGAGUUCAGUUCAAGCCCAAUACUUUGAUUGGAGCAGUUGAAGUGGAGAAACUUAUUCUAAAGCAGAAAAAUAUAGAGGAAAAGAAGAAACCCGUAUCAGUGGUGCCUGAGCAAACAGUACGUGUUGUAGUAAACUACAAGAAAACACAGAAAACUAUAGUGCGUGUUAGUCCUCUUGUUCCUCUUCAAGAACUAGUUCCAAUAAUCAGCAAUAAAUGUGAAUUUGAUCCAAAAAGCACUAUUCUCGUCAAAGACUUUGAGUCUAUGGAGGCCUAUGACUUAACAAAAUCUCUGAAGGAGCUUGGCAUACGAGAAGUAUAUGCAUUGGACACUAGUGUAGGGUUUUCCGAGGCUAAUUUUCAAGGUGGAUCAAUUCAGCAAGGACAGUUUCACGUUCCAGCAAAUGCAACUCUGGAGAAGGAAAGCAAAGGAUUCUUCAACAUAUUUAGACUGAGUAAGAAGAAACGCGAAAAACCAGCAAGUGCACCUGCAACCCCACUAGUAAGUCAGCAAAGACCACUUGGCAUGAGCAGUGCAAGUGCUUAUUGCCCAACAUAUGAAUCUAAUACUUUGCCUUCAGAUCUUCCGAAGAAAAGGCGAGCACCUGCACCACCGCUAUCUGUUUCACAGAGUUUUCCAAAAGAUUUAACUCAGCAAGCAUCAACUAGACCAACAUCAUAUGUUUUUCCAGAUGCUCCUGUCAAUUCUACUGAACAGGUCUCUCAAAACAUGACAGGUUCCAGCAGACAAAGAGUGGAGUCACUAAGUGGUGGAGUUGCGUCUACAAAAAAGACCAAAAGGAAGGCUCCCUUGCCUCCAACUAAAAUAGAAGACCAAAACGCCCAAGAUAAUAAAUCAGAUGCUAAUCAAGGAUCAGUGGAUUUAUGUCCAAGUCCUGACGUUGCAGAUAAGGCUUCUGCUAGUAAAAUACCAUAUACCUCAGCUGAUGAUCACGCUGGCAUUGGAUCGGAAUGUAAUCUUGAAGAGAUUAUUGAAGCAGAAGAAAUAAGAGCUGCAGACAUUGAUGAUACAAAAGAAGCAAUUGUUCAAAAAGCGGAAGAGGUGCCGUGCCCACCAGUUUCCACAGAUGGUACAUCCAUUUCUCAAAGUGUACAGACCUCAGAUCCUGCCAACUCGGAUAAGCAUUGUUUUUUGACAGUGACAAAUAAAGAAACUGAUUUCAAAUCUGAGAGCAAAAUAAGUACAGCAGAAGAUGUGUGCCAACAAAUAGUGACAGAACGGGGUAAAAAUUUGAAAACAAAUAUGGAUGCGGAUUUGUCAAUGGCGAAAACAAAUGUUGAAGAACCAGCAAUUGUGGAAAAUGUACGCAGUGAUGUGCAUCAGAGAGAUUCUGAUGGAAGCUCAACCAUGAGGACCAUGUUACCACCUGAUAAAGGAAUAGCUGGACAGUCUGCUGAAACUCCAGAAGCAAAAAACACUUGUAGUGAUUCAGGGACCAGUCCUGCGGCUAAACAUUCUGCCAGUUCUCAACCAUCAAAUGUAACUGAUAAAGGCAAUCGAAAAAUUUCAGACACAGUGGAGAUCAAUGAGCUGGAAAUUAAAAAAAGUAAUUCUGAAGAGUCUGGUAAAACAGUGGAUUUCCAGAAUGCCCAUUAUACAAAGACAACAGAGAGUACUGUUACCCUAACAUCUGAUACAACUUUGACAAAUACAUCAGAAAGUACUGCUGAACAAUAUCCACAAGGCAAUAAUUUCACCGCUGCUCAGACGACACCAGCAAAGCAACAGAAUUAUGUGUCAUCAAAUAUGUCUGCUGAUGCAACUGCAAGCACCCUUGCUGAUAAGCAGAAUAAGAUGUCUAUUAACCAACCAGCUACAGAAUCCUCAGCAUCCAGUGAUUUGCAUGCAUCAUUGCCAACCAAAGUUGCCACCAGAAGUCCAGAAAGUCCGACAAAGAUUCCGGUGCUAUAUAAGUGUGAGUCUGAGCCUAAGCCCAAGCCUUCAAAUGAAAUCACAAGAGACUAUAUACCAAAGAUUGGAAUGACAACCUACAAAAUUGUUCCCUCAAAGUCAUUAGAAAAUGAAGCAUUUGUCACAUAUGGAGUCAUGCCAGUAACUGAAAUACCAGAUCAGCAAAAAGGAUCUUAUGAUGUUGUCCCAGUGUCUGACACUUCAAAAGAGUCAACAAAGCAGCCUGGUACCUCAGAAGAACCUCUAACCAACGUUAUAAGAGAGCUAACUGCUUUUCACCAAGGAGCUAAUUUUGAUAAAAGUGCUGAAGGGAGAUCCAUUAAUUCUGCCGUCCAAACCCGUCACCCAGAAACAACAAAUUCCAAUGCUGACAGUGAAGAUGGGCAAUCCAAGGUGUUAGUAAACAGAAGAACCCAGAGUACUUCAGAGAAGAAAAUGAAGCCUGGAUCAGUCUUCCUCCAGCUGCAUAAAAGGAGCUCAGGACAAUAUGUUACCUCUGCACUUGCUAGAAGUUCUAGUUUACCUUCUCAAUCCAGCUUAGAUAGAGAUAACACAUCCUUACCAAAGGAAGAAAAUGGUGUGUCAGUUCAGGAAGUUAUUCCAACAAAUGCAGAUGAUCUAAAUGUUAUAAUUCCACCACCUCCAGAAUUUGCUGCACUUUCUGAAGGGAAUGCCCAGAAACAAUUGCCCAAAUCUGGGGAGGCAUCUAUAUCUCGACCUUUGGAACCUCCCAAAGUACCGAAGAAGCCAUCUAUUCGUGUAAAAUUAGAUGACACAAAAGCUGUCAGAACUACUGUUGUUGCUGCAAAAACAUAUAGUCCUACCUCACCAUCACCUUUUGCUCUUGCAGUGUCUUCAGCAGUCAAGAAAACACAAACAAAUCCAACAUAUUGCUUUAAACCCAGGAGUGCUGGAAUGGAUUUAUCAACCCUGAACUCUCCAACUAAUUCUGCGGAAAUAGAGUUACAUCCAGCUUUAACAGCUCAUAAUGAGUCCAGUCACAACAGCUUACCGAAACAGACUUUGUCUCCUGUAAGAGGGCCAGAAGUGGAUUGCUACAUUAAAGUAGGAACUGAGGCACAGCACAUUCAACCACCGUUGCCAUCUCCUUUAAGUAAAUCAAAACCUGCUUUAAUUUCCCAAAUGAGUGAUCCAGGAGAAAUUCAUCAAGCUGUACUGGAUGCUAUUCGCUCAGGAGAAGGAGCUGCCAAACUUAAAAAGGUGGACGCAAUUACCACAAUGUAACUACAUGUAUUAUUAAUUUACUAAAACUAAGUUGAUCAGCUUUAAUUUGAAAUUUAUUCAGUUACAACUGAGAAAUUGUCCAGCAAUUAUUAAACUCUGUAGUAUACAGUCACAAGUAUCUUCUUGCACUACAUUCUGCAAUUCACUGGAAUAUGAGGGGCCUUGGCUCAAAAUUAAUAGCUGUAAUUGUGAACCUGAAAGUACAAAUACCUGUACUAUAUAUAUAUAUAUAUAUGUAUGCGAAAAUUAUGUGCACUUAUAACCAAAACAAUCUCAAUUUCACAUCUUUAAUCUAUCUUUCACUACAAAAUCAACAUUUUUGCUUACAGAUUUUAUGCUGUACAUAAAAAAUAUAAUAAUAGUAAAAAUACUUCUGUAAUAAGGACUAAAAUGUUUUAAAUUUGUAAUUGACAAACAUAUAUUGCCAAUUUAUUUUUUAAAUCCAACUACUGUCUUCAGCCUUUCUGGCUUUUAUAAUUUAGUGAUAUGCCUUCCAAUUGCUCAACGAGAAACCAGCCAAAAUUUGGUUUUCCUGUUGAGCAUUCAGCAGUGUUGUAUUUCCUUGUUGUAAUUUUAGGUCUCUGAUGUUCCCAAAACUAUGGGUUUAAUCUUUCUGGCCAAUGGGGCUAAGAUCAAGGUGAUAUGUGGGUGCAGGACACCUGGGAAAAACAGGGGAAGCCAUGUAGAUAUGCCAUCAGGUUAAUAAUGGACCAUGAUCAACAGCUUGUGCCUCAGACAGGCAGCUGAGUGAGAUGAUUUAAGGUUCCAAUUAGUGGUAAUUUUCUAAGUACGCCAGUGUUUUGAUGUCUAUGGAGAUGUCCUUGCUAUGUUUGAGGCUGCCAUCACAGUGGAGGUAAGCUGCUUUUGGCAAACCGUAGAGCUCUCGGAGCUGGAGACUCCAGUUCCUGAAAGAGGGGCAUGUGGACAUGAACACCCCUGCCUGCUGUCAAAAAUAGAAUCCACCUGGGAGGUUCUCCCCUCUGCUAUGAGAGGCCUGGUAGCUUUACCACUGAUUUUUUUUUAUUUAAAUGAACAUUUCAGAAGGCAUCUCCAUGGUGAGGUAUGUUAUAGGCCUCAAAUCUGCCUCACCUUUCCUGUGUUGUGUCGAGGCUUUGAAGCUGCUUGCCUUCUGAUUGCUUUGGUAUCAUUGGGAACUCACGCGCUGCCCUUAAUAGUUUAGUGAACACAGAGGCAGCCAGCUAAAGAGGCCGUCACUGGUAAAAUUGCACCUUCAAAUUGCUGCCAGCAGAUGGGAACUUGUGGAUCCUCAUCUGGUGCCAACAUUGGGGUCCAAAAGCCUGCUGUAAAAUCUAGUCUUUUAAUGAACUCUUUUUACCUCUCCAGCAAUUAGAAGCGUUUAUAGAAUCAAUUAGUUGGCACUUUACUUCAAACGUAAAGCCAAAUCAAUAGGUACUUGAUUGUGUCAUACAACUAAAAGCAUAUCAAAUAUUUGGUGGAAGUUUUCUGUAGAUGGUAACUAGCUUGCACUCAACUGUUACAAGAGCAUCUGUCAUAUGAAGUGUUAUGCCAAGGAAUGAAUUAAAAUUGAUAUAUAUCUUCAGCUUUAAUGUUUCAAUUAUUAGUUUGAUUAAGAAAUAUCAGUUGAUGAAUUAUCUUUGAAGAAAAUGUUCAUAUAAAUGUGUAAUUAAUUUUGCUUAAUGUAGAAGAAAAAUGAAACAAAUGCAAAUAAUGUAUCUAAUAUUACUCCUGGAAACAAUUCAUUCAAUAUGUCUGUAUUCAAUACUUUACUCAGUCAUUGAAAAGCAAUUUUACAGUGGGGCAAUGGAAUUCUAAUGUAUAAAAUGUCUUAGGUUAACCAAUUUAUAAUAAUGCUUGUCUUUGCAAAAAUUACGAAAUAUUUAUAUUGAAGUAAAAACACUGUCAAUAUGACUUGGGCUUAUUUUUAGAAAUGUCCACUUUCAGAUUUGAAUAUGUUUUCUGAUUGAGCAUUAUAUUUAAGAAUUCACAAGUUAAGUUCUGCAAUAUCCAAUGCUUCAAUUUCUACAUGUGACAGACACAUCUUUGAAACAUUAAGUUCUUUUACCCUCUUUUUGUUUUAUUCUGCAUUCUGAAUGUUAAACUGAGAUGGUCUGUUCCUGUUUAUCAUGUUACUUAAGACUUAAAAAUAAUUAACUAAUGGAGAUGUAAAAGAUUUUAAUGGUUUUUAAGUAGAUCUGAUUGCCAAAUUUUUUCAAAUUAAUGUAAUAAUUUUGAAAUUAUUACUUUCCUACUGUUAUGAUCCCAGCUGAUGGUACUGUUGGACAAGCCAGAUUCCUUAAUGAAAACUGAUAUGUUUUGAUCAUAUGUGUUUUUGUUUAGACCAUAAGAUGUAGGAGUAGAAAUUAGUCCGUUCAACCCAUCGAAUCUGACCUGCCAUUCAAUCAUGGCUGAUAAGUUCCUCAACAUCAUUCUCCCGCUUUCUCCCUGUAACCCUUGAUCACCUUGACAAUCGAGAAGCUAUUGAUCUCUGUCUUAAAUAUACUCAAUGACCUGCCCUCCACAGCCGCCUUUGGCAGUGAAUUCCUUAGAUUCACCACUGUCUGGCUGAAGAAGUUUCUCCUUAUCGCCAUUUUAAAAGGUCUUCCCUUUACUUUAAGGCUGUGCCCUCAGGUCCUAUUCUCUCCUACCAAUGGAAACACAUCUCCCCAACAUUCACUAUUCAGUGAGUUUCAAUUAGAAACUCCCCUCAUCCUUCUAAACUUCGUCAAGUAUAGACCCAAAGCCAUCAAACAUGGCUGAUACAUUAAGCUUUUCAUUCCUGGGAGCAUUCUCGUGAACCUUCUCUGAACCUGCUCCAGGGCCAAUACAUCUUUCCUGAGAUAUGUGACCCAAAACUGCACUUCAUACUCCAAAAGUGGCCCGACCAGAGCCUUAUAGAGCCUCAGAAGUACAUCGCUGCUUUAUAUUCAAGUCCUCUGAAAAUAAAUGCCAAAGUUGCAUUUGCCUCCCUAACUACCAACUCACCCAGUAAGUUUACUUUGAGAGAAUCCUGGACUAAAACCCCCAAGUCUCUUUGCACUUCAGCUUUCAGAAUUUUCUCCCUAAUUAGAAAAUAGUCUAUGCCUCUAUUCUUCUUAACAAAGUGCAUGAUCUCACACUUUACCCCAUUCUAAAGGAAGGCAGAUGAAGGCAGAAGACAAUCUAUCACCUGAAUGGUGAUAGAUUGGGAAUGAGGGAAAUGGAAUAAGACCUGGGUGCCUUACUUCUAGCAACUGGCAUCGAAGGCAUGCAGGUGCAGUGGGCAGUGAAGAAGGCACAUACUAUGCUGGUUUUCAGAGUGAGAGAAUUCGAGUACAGGAGCAGGAAUGUCGUGUUGCAUUUAUACAGGGCCCUUAUGAGAUCACACAUGGAGUGUUGUAUUUAGUUUUGCUCUCCUUGAGGAAUGACACUCUGGCUUUGGAAAGAGUGUAACAAAGGUUUAUCAGACUGAUUCCUUGGAUGGCAGGAUUGAUAUAUGAAGAGAGACUGGAUCAGUUUCAUGAGAGAUAUAGACAGGGUGGAUAGCAAGAAGCUUUUUCCCCCAGAGUGGGUAACUCAAUUACAUGGGCUCUCAAUUUCAAUGUGAGAGGGGAAAAGUUUAAGGGAGAUAUGCGUAGAAAGUUCUUUACGCAGAGGGUGGUGGGUGUCUGGAACGGGUUGUCAGCUUAGGUGGUAGAGGCGGGUACAAUAGCAUCAUUUAAGAUGUAUCUAGACAGAUACAUGAAUGGGCAGGGAGCAGAGGGAUACAGAUCCUUGGAGAAUAGACGACACGUUUAGACAGAGUAUCUGGAUCGGCGCAGGCUUGGAGGGCCGAAGGGCCUGUUCCUGUGCUGUAAUUUUCUUUGUUCUACUCCAUCUGCCACUUCCUGCCCACUCUCCUCACUCGUCCAAAUACUUCUGCAGCCACCUCACAUCCUCAAUACUACCUGUCCCUCUACCUAUCUUUGUAUCAUAUGCAAAUUUAGCCAUCAUGCCCUCAGUUUCUUCAUCUAGAUCAUUAGUUAGUUAACACCCUGCAAUAUAUUCACAUUGGAUUGCAGAUUGCUCUUUAACAACGGUCUAUAAGUUUAAUCCACAAAAUAAAGAAAUAUAAUUUACAGUUAGAUGCAAACAUCAAAACCUGUUCUCCAACACUAGCCAGUACAGAGACUCAAGUCCAGAGAAGUUGCACCACUGUCUAAACUUUCAGGUUUCUACCAAACAGAUUCUUUCCUUUUUCUUUCUGGCGAAUUAGGGAGACCAUUCAGUGAUUCCUUUCCAAGUCUGCAGUCACGAAUUCCUCACAAGUCUGAGAACCUAAACUUGCUCAGUUACAUUAACUUGCAGAUUUCUAUCCAAACUCUCCUGAUCUGGUAGUGUGGCAUUUCUGCAAGAGUAUGUGGCUUCCCUGAACUGAACUUGAAAAAAACUCCUCCUCAGAGAGAAACUGCUGUUUGCUUCUGAAAUCAACUCUGAUGUGUGAACUGAACUGAAAAAGGUUUUUCUGAACUGUCAUAAACUCCUAAGUUUAAUCUUUCCAUUAACAUCACAAGGGUCUGCAGUUCUAGGUAAUAAUGGAUAUUUAGACCUCUGGCCCAGAGUGACUUGCCAUAUUUUAUUUGCAGAGAACAUGAUUCAUUGAAAUAACCAAAAAAAUUCUUCUUCCAUUUUAAACCAAUCCCAUUUCAAACAACAACAUAUUAUGCACCUUUUUAUCACACUGCUUAAAAGCUCUAAAAAUAGAAUUGCUAGAGCUAUGAUGUGUAGCUGUUCUGAGGAUGUUCAAGUACACUAUAAAAAAUUGAUUGAAUUUUGUUACUUCUGUUUAGUAUAGUUGUAUUGAUAACUGUGUUGUUUGGGAUUUCUGUAACAACAUACAAAGCCGUGUUUGCCUCAUAUACAAGAUUAUAUUAAUAUGCAUUAUAUCCAAGGAUCACGUUUAAAUAUGGUUGUCCUGUGGUUCAGUUUGUCAAGUCUCUCAAUGACUGACCCAAGUGGACCUGGAAAAUUCCCAUAUUUGAUCUUGAACUUAUGUUUGCCAAACUUAUUUCAAGCAUGUUGAUGGUAGGUGGGAUGAGAGUGACCAAAGUUCCCUAAAGUUUGGAAAUGUAAGAAAAUUCCCUUAGAACGUAGAACAGUACAGCACAGGAGCACAUCCUUCAGCUCACUACGUCUGUGUCAACCAUGGUGCCAUUUAAAAUGCCUGUGUAUAGUCUGUAUCCCUCUGUUCCCCUCCCAUUCAUUUAUCUGUCUGAAUAUGUCUUAAACAUAGCUAUCGUAUUUUUUCUACCACCUUCCCUGGCAGCAUGUUCCAGGCACCUACCACCCUGUGUGUUUUUAAAAAAAACUUUCCUCGCAUGUUUCCUUUCAACUUUCACGCCUCACUUUAAAUAUACGUCCCCUAGUAUUUAACUCCCAAACCGGGAAAAAGAUUCUGACUAUCCAGCCUAUCUGUGCCUCUCAUAAUUGCAUAUACUUCUGUCAGGUCAUUCCCUUUAGCCUCUGAUGUUCUAGCAUAAACAAUCCAAGUUUGCCGAGUCUCUCCUUUGAGUUAAUACUCUCCAAUCCAGGCACCAUCCUGAUAAAGUGAUAAUGGGAACUGCAGAUGCUGGAGAAUCCAAGAUAACAAAUUG